CUGCCCGAUCUAGUACCUCUAUUGCUUUGGCUUCACGAUUCCCAUUCAACAACAAUAGGAGAUAGCAGUCCAUGUAUAUAUAGUCAAAGCUUUUUAUCAUUCUUUAUCUUUUCGCAAAACUAUAGCGCAAAACAAACACUUGAAAAGUUGAAACACUCCAAGAAAACACACCACACCACACCACGUAAAAGUUCUAUAAGUUCUAUCAAGUUCUACCUAGUACAUUUUUGUGCUGUAUUAUUUAAUUUUUAAAUACAUAUUUCGAAAAAGAGUUUGCUGUUUUAGCUAACGAAAUCCUACAAUCAUUGUUCUCAUAAAAACCAAAUCGUCAAGAUGUCCAGCGAAGAUAAUAAUAAUUUAUUAGAUGAAGUUUCCGAACCGGAAGAUUGGAAAGCCAAUGCCAAGGAAGCAAUGAGAGAGUGGAACGCACAAUUUUACAUGUGGAAAACGUUUGACGAGUCUCAGUCUGACUUAGUCAAAACCUUCGUCGGAUUUGCAUUAUUCGGUAGGCCUAAACCUAAAUCACCCGAAUGUGAUGAAUCUUUGAUCCUGGACAUUGAUGGCAUUGAAUUGUUGCAUGAAAAGUACGACGAUGAACAGAAGAAAAAAAUCGCCGAAAUCUACAAGCUGUUUAAACCUGACGAUGGCCUAUUACGUCUAUCUCAUACUUUAUUAUACACGUCUGAAAAAGGUAUGAUGGUUUGCGUGUUUCGUCAGAUCAGACCCAUUGACGGCACUGACGAGGUGCAUUUCAUCGACUUCAACGCUCGCGUGUAUAAAUCAUGGGAUGAUUUCGUCAAAACAAACAAAUUACCAAAAUGCGAGUAUAUGGCUCCGGAAAACGGUAUUCACGAAGAAUUUAGCGAUGAAUUUGAAGUUCACGAAUCUCCAGCGUCUUCGAGACUGGGAACAGUGUGCGAUUGGGUAGCUUGCGGUGCAACGAUAGCAGCCGUUGGUCUAAGUUUUGCAGCAGCAGCCCCAGUGGCGACGGUAGUUUUGGGAGGUGGAAGUGCUGUUUAUGGAGUUCAUCAAAGCGUAAAUACUUUGCUAGAUCGAUCGAAUCAUAAACAGUCGAUAGCUCCUACAAAUCUCGAAUCUGUUGGUUGUUACAUGAACAUCGGUACUACUGCGGUUUGUGGUGCUACUACUGUCGCUGUGGCGAAAUCAGCCAGUAUAUUGGAACUAUCCGGCAGGUAUAGUUCGUUAGCUUCUAAAACUAUAUUAGGAUUGAAUUACGCUUCGGCAGGUUUCGUUGCCUCCAAUUUCGGCCUUUCCUUGUACGCUAUGCAACAUAGGCUUCGUAAUGGUGAAUUUUCCGUCUCCGAUUUGUUUGAUUUGUCGCUCAAUAUAUUUAUGAUUUACGGAACCGUAUCCAAUUUACGUCAAGUGCGUAGUUAUCUAUCGACUGUGGAAGCCAAUCCAACUCCUCCUAAAGGGUUGUCUAAAGGAGCGAGGAGGAGAUGGCGGAAAAGACAAGCUAAACUUACUGCUGCUAAAGGUUCGCUAGAAAAUCAAGGAAUGACCAAAGUAGGUGCUUGGGAUUCUGAAAUUGCUGGAGUUAUUGUCGGAGGUUCCUUCGGAAUCGGUAAAUUGAUGUUGCGGAGUUAUUACCCAGAUGUCGACGAAAUGUACGAAAGAGUUAAGAUUAUAAUUGAAGACUUUCGUCGCUUAAACAACAAUGAAAUGACUAUUGAAGAGUUUAUUGAUAAAUUUAUCCCACACGGUAAAAAUCUUUACCAAAUUCUGCGAAGGAAUUCCGAAGGAGUGUGGAACACCAUCAAAGAUCUAUUGCAACGUUUAGGUAUCAUAGCUCCUCCCGAAUCAAUUCCUGAUCUGAGUAAUAUUAUCGACGACGGUAGAAUCGCAAUUAAUAACAUCGGUGCAGAAAUUUCACCAGAAGAUGAAUCUGUGAAUGAAUCAGCGUCAUAUUUUCUCGAUGGGAAAACCGUUUAUGAAAUUAUCCUUGAUCUGAUCGAAUAUCGUAUCCGUGGAAAUCAAUCCAAUGAAGUUCUCGAUGUUGAAAAACUACUCGUGGCUUUUGCAGAAGAAAUGUCGUACGUAACGAUCGAAAUCAAGUCUAGAAUCACGCAAAAGUAUGAAGAUCUUACGUCUAAAAACGUUAAACUGCUGGGAGAAGAAAAAGCCAAACUUACACUUUCUAAAAUUGGAAUUAACUCCAAAAACGAUUUUGCCACUAAAAUACUCCCCAAGAUUAUUGAAAACUUGAAAACUGGUAUUCCCAAUAAUAUUUCUAAUACUUUUAAAAAGCAACUAGACGAAAUAUUCUCAUUUUAUCGAGAAUUAUUCCUCUUAAGAGCCGGUGAAAAUGAUAUUUCUUCGAUCAAAAUUUUGGAAACUUGCGAAAUACUAAAUAAAUCAGUCCAAAUAGUUAUGGAACCUAUCAUCUCGUGUUAUAAAAUCAGCAAAGAAAUCUACGAAGUCAACAUCGAGUUUUUUGAACACGAAAGCGCCAUGGCUUUUGUAUUCUCCGCGUUAAAUUUGAACGAUGUACAAUCGGAUUAUAAAAAUUACGACGAAUCAUUAUUCAUCAACGUAGCCAAGAAAACGAUAAACUUGACUGAAAUCCUUCCCCAACUUCUUUUCUCAGACGAAAACUCAACCGAAUAUAGGACUAAGCCGAUCAAUGAACCUGUUACCUUCACAGAUGAAUACAAAAUGGAAACGUUACUGACUACGUGCGAUUUUUACGUACAAAAAAUGGAAUCUAACGAAAUAAGUAAAAUUUAUUCCUUCGUUACUGAUAAAUUCGUUGAUAAAUUUCAAUGCCUAGCGAACCAAUCAAGUCCAACGGAUGAAAUAACAAAUAAACUCAAACCAAAUAUCGAAAAUUUGGGUGCAAAUAGUUCCGAAUCUAAUAAAAUGGAUAUCUUCAAUCAAACAGCAGAAAUGUUCAGGAAGGAAGAGUUUGUCAGUGACUUGGUCGCAGAAUAUUAUGAAAAAAUGUGCGAUAUUACUAAUUUUCACGCUCAACAUCUUAAACAUCUUGUAGCCGAUGAUGGAGCCACUAUGUAUAUGUUCAAGGUGGAAAAUCGUGACGAUAUUGAAGAAUUCAAAGAGCAGGCUGCUAAUUUAUUUAAUCUGAAUAAAGAUAAUAUUCAGGUUGUCAAGAAGAACGAAAAUUUAAUUAUUUUGAAAAAUGAAGAUAAAUACGUUGCAUUUCAGUUUAUUAAAAAUCAAACAACUGAAGCCUUAAUUAUGCAAAUAGAUGUAUCGAAGAAAAACGAAGAAAACGCAUGAAUUGUACAGUAUUUUUCUUUCAAAAAUGAUUCAAAUCCGUCCCACCCCACCUAAUUUUUUUAUAGAUUGCACGAAGUGUUACGAAUUUUUAAAAAUAAUUAUUUUACUCGUUACUAAUAUUAAUGUAUAAUUAAUAUUUGUAUGUUCAUUUUUAUUCUCACUUUUUCUACUUGAUCAGUAGAUGAACUUUUUUUUAUUUUGUAUGCCGUUGAUUAAUAUCUAGCUUUAAUUAUUUUAGUCAACUGACUGAACACUUUCAGUUAUGAUUUUAAGUGAAAUGUACUCAUUUCAGUCUAGUGUCCAACUGGCAAAAAGUGAUUUAAAAACUCAAAAUUGAGUUUGGCUAGAAUUUUUGCAGCCCAAAAUUGGGUAAAAGUGUACCCUGCAACAUUGAAAUUUUGCGAGAAAUUCAAAUCUCGUAUUUCAACAAAAAUAUUUUUUAGGCAUUUUUGAAGAAUUUUACGUCUUGGAUCAUGAUUUUUGAAAUUUUUGAUAAAGAUAUAGCUCAACUUGCCAAAAUGGUUCAAAGUUUCGACAAAAAAUAGAAAAUUUCUAUCUAAACUUUUUUCGAACAUUUUUUUUUUUUGUUUUAGGUUGCAAAAACGUCAGCCUACUGAGCACUUUCUGUAGACAAUUAGUUCAUGAGAUGAGCUCAUUAAAACUCUUGGAGAAUAAAAGACAAAACUGUGAUCUUUUACCAAAUUUGUAUUCUGAUCGAUAUAAGGUGCAAAUAUCGAAGUCGCAAAAGACAAUGAUGUUUUUAUUUUUUUAUUUUAUAAAAAUAUCUUUCUUUUUAGAAUUAGGUAAGCAUUUUGUCUUCCAUUUUCAACUCACUACACAUUUUGAGUUAGUGUCUAUCAGUUGAUUGCCCAAGGCCAAAACAAUUCAAAUUAUUGAUUUUCUUAUGAAAAUUAUUAUUUUUUGGUUGAUCUUUGUACUUAAUUAUGUAGAGAUUUAUUGUACUAACAAAAACAAUGUUCCUUUUUGUUUCCAUUGGCUGUCAUAGUUUUAUUUGUUUUUAAAAAUGGUAAUUAAAUAUCAUCAUGUUCA